AUGACGGGACCUGUGGAUAUGGCCAACCAGACCUCAAGCCUCUCAGAAGUGGAAGAGGAGGAAACUCUCUUGUGGGAGAAGAUCGAAAGUGUGCGGCAUCAGCUCACCCGCUCUCUGAACCCGGCAAAGCUGACGCCGUACCUGCGCCAAUGUCGUGUGAUAGAUGAGCAGGAUGAAGAGGAGGUGCUGAGUGCCUACCGGUUUCCAUGUAAGAGCAACCGCACAGGACUCCUCAUGGAUAUCCUUCGAAGCCGAGGGAAGCGGGGCUAUGAAGCAUUCCUAGAGUCCUUGGAGUUCUAUUAUCCUGAACAUUUCACCCAAUUGACAGGGAAGCAGCCAGUGCAGCGCUUUUCUAUGAUCCUGGAUGAGGAGGGGCCUGAAGGCCUGACGCAGUUCCUGAUGAUGGAAGUGAAGAAGGCGAGGGCCCAAAGGAAAGGGCAUCUGGCCAAAGAGCACCAGCUCCAGGUGAAGAACCAGGCCUUGCAGGAGGAGGUCACCCAGCUGAAGCAGCAGCUCCAGGAACUGCAGAAGGUGCAAGAGCGUUGCCAGAGGUUCCAGGAGGAGUGGGAUUCCAACAGCAUGGAGCUGCUGAGGCUGAAGGAUGAAAACUACAUGCUGGCCAUGCGCUAUGCGCAGCUGUGCGAGGAGAAGAGUGCCGCCGUCCUUCGGAGCAGGGACUUGCAACUGGGGGUUGAUCAAUUGAAGUGCAAGGUGAGCAGCCUGGAGGAAGAGUGCUCCGUGCUCAAGAAACAGGCGUCGGAGGCUCCCCAACGGGAGGUGGAAGAGCAUGGCCUCACAGACACCCUAUCAGAGAUGCAAGCAGAGAACCAGAGGCUCAUAGCUUCGCUUCAGGAGCUGCAGAACGUGGUGCAGAUGGCAGGUGAAGGCCGGGUGCCAGGCUCUGAGCGGAUCCUUCUGGAUAUUCUGGAGCAUGACUGGAAGGAAGCACAAGCUGACCGCCAGGAACUUUGCCAGAAACUAGACUCUGUGCAAAAUGAGCUGCAGUGGGCAGAGGAAUUGAGAGACAAGUACCUGCAGGAGGUGGAGAUCCUCCAACUGAAGUACCAGACUCUUCAGAAGAACUGUGAUCUGUACAAGCACAGAAUGAAUACUGUGCUGUCUCAGUUGGAGGAGAUCGAAAAAGAAAGAGAUCAGGCAAUCCGGAGCCGAGAUGGCAUUCAGCUGCAGUACUCCCAAAGCCUCAUUGAGAAGGACCUGUACCGCAAGCGUGUUCGUGCCUUGGAAGAGGAGAGGGAUGAGUUGCUGAGCAAACUGACCCAGGCCGAAGGCAAGAUCAGCACACUAGAGGCCCAGCUGCAGCGAUGCCAUUGUGCCAGGGCCUUGGGCAAGAAGAUGUGUUCCUCUUCCCAUUCACUCUGUUCCAUCCUAAGCAGCACCUGGAGCAUUACUGAGAAACCUUCCAUCCUGGAGGACAGAGAUGUAGAUACACUUGGUGUCCUGGACAUUGUCUUUCCUGAGGACUGCAUCAACCAGAAAAUGGAAGUGACUCCAGACAGAGAAAAGGAAAUUAACCGCCUUUCCAUCUUUCCCUUCCCACCUUGUGCUGGCUCCAUACUUCGAAGGCAACGUGAAAAUGGAUGGAUGCACUCCAAGAGUCAGUCUUAUGGGUCCUUUGGCAGCAUGGAAGACUUAACAGGAAGUGUUACGACUACUGUCUCGUCUGCCAAAUCACCCUCUUCUUCCAUCAGUGCGCACACCAGGGCCAAGUCAGAAAUUUACUUGUCCCGCACUUCUGACCGGCAGGAGUUUGCCAGGAGAUCUGUGGUGGUGCAGUUGCCCAGCGCAGGUCAGCUGAGCACUCCGGCGCCUCAAAACAGGGGACUUGCCGGGGAUAUCUCCAUCCUUGGAGGAAACAGGACUGGGAUUUUUGUUCAGUGGGUGAGGCCAGGUUCUGAAGCAGAGAGUGUGGGACUUCGAGAGGGAUACCGGCUCCUAGAGCUUAGGGGGACGCAGCUAAAUGGGCAGGUUCUCUCCCUGGAGAAUUGUACCCGUGAGGUCGCUUAUCUGAGCCUGUUACACUGGGAUGACCCAUCUGCUCUCAACUUUCUGCCUGAUAUGAAAGGAUACCAGCCUCUCAAAGAGGCUCUGGAUGCUGGGAAGAAGGUUCCUGGGGACUCAUUCUAUGUGCGGGCCAACCUGACCCUCCUGGACCUUGUGGAUUCUUAUGCCCUGUGUGUGAAGUGUCGGGAGAUCCUUCACGUCACAGACACCUUGCACAAGGGGCGGCUGGAGUGGUACUGUGCCCGAGUGGACCCCUUCACCCUUCGAGACUUGGACAGGGGCACCGUGCCUAAUUACAACAGGGCUCUGCAGCUUCUGAAGCUACAGGAGAAAGGUCUGGCGGGGGCCCAGCAGAAAGGCUGCAGGACGAAGCUGAAAAAACGGGCCCUGGACCAACUCCGCCUGGUGAAGUACAGACAGCAGGGGGAUCAGGAGGAAGCCUCCUUGCAGGAUCCUGGCUCAGAUGGAAUUGCAAAACCCUACAGUCCGGUACUCCCUCUGGUGAUUCAGACGCGUCGUCCUGUGGUAUUUUCGCCCAAUUUCUUAGCACCCCGGCUCAUUAGGAACUUGCUGGACCUCCCUUCCUCUCAUCAGGACUUCUGUGUGUACACAGCAGCUGAAGAACGACUCUUCUCUUCCACCGCCAAACAUAAUGGUAAUGGGAUUUCUCAAAGCCAGAGAGAUUUUGGGAGGAUCCAAGCCAUCCAGGAGGCUAUUGGAAAGAAUAAACAUUGCCUGCUAGAGCUGGAAGUCCAGGUGGUGACGGAUCUAAUUAAAAGUGAAAUAUAUCCCAUUGUUAUCCACGUCGAGGUCACUGCGAAGAAUAUCAGGGGAGUCAGGAGCUUGCUGGGGAAGACAGGGCUGCGUGAUUCUGAGGUGCUGAAGCAAUGUGGGAGAGCCGAGCAGAACCUCCACACCUUACCUUGCUUGUGGGCCUGGGUGGAUUCUCAGUCCUGGAGUAGUGCAGGGGAGUUGGUAAAGGUGGUAAAGGCCCGCAUUUUCCAGGAACAGACCAGGAUCGUAUGGGCUGAAGACCAUGAAAUGUGA